AGUGAGAUUUGUGGAGAGAGGAAGGCUAGACUUGUUUUUCUCGUUCUCGCAUAUCUCCAGAAGGAGGGACAGACUGGUGUAAACAGAGCAGGAUGUGACAGUAGACAGACAAGGCUGUUGGACUGGGCUGGAGGAAUACACGCUACACGCAGACACACACCAAAAGAUGUCUGGGACACCACCCCCAGUACGUCCUAGGAAGCCAUCAGGUGUUAGAGUCAUGCCCCAUGAUGGUCAACUUCCUUCCCAUGGCUACACAAAGGUGUUCAAAGUGAAUGGGGCCAGUAGUGAGCCAAAAUACACAUCUCGAGGACAUGCAGAGAGAGAGGUGGAGAUCCUAAACCACUGUUUUGAUGACGUGGAGCGCUUCAUGGGACGCCUGCAGCAGGCUGCUGAGGCUCAGAGCAUCCUCAACCAGACAAAGAGGAAGAGCAGAAAAAGCAAGAAGAAAGAGAAGCAGGAUGAUGAUUUGCUGACCCUGAAAGCCUGCCCUCCACCUGAGGAGGAGUUUGUUGACAUUUUUCAGAAAGUCAAGUACUCCUUCUGUCUGCUGGACCGCCUGAAGUCGUCCAUCACAGAGCCAUCUUCUGGGGAGCUGGUGCAUCACGUCUUUAUUCCCCUGGGCCUGAUGGUGAAGACUACUGAUGGGCCAGAGAUGGGGGCGACUGUGGUCAGUCCAGCCUUGACCAGUGGUGCUGUGUCUCUACUGCAGAAACACCUGACCGAUGAAGAGAAGGAGCUUUGGAGCUCCCUAGGGCCUAACUGGACCUUACACUGCUCCCAGCUUGUUGAGUCUGUCCCUCCAUACUCACCUGUCUUUCUGGAUGGAUGGCAGCCUGAGGCCUUUGACCCAGAAGGUCAACUUUGGGAGGACCCAAUCAAGUCACAGCACAAACAGGACGCUCUUCAAUACAGUGUACAGGACCCUCCUGACCAGGCUGAGGAAGGACCCAGCUCAGUCCAGCCCACUGACGAAUCAGAUGGCAGUGAACUUCCACCUGAGGGCGAGAGAAUGUUCAGCUGCAGCUACGGCUUUGUUGCCAGGAACAGCAGUGAACUCUCCGUGCUGCAGGGAGAAACUCUGGAGGUGAUUGAGUCGUCAAAUCGUUGGUGGAAGUGCCGCAAUAACUUUGACCAGAUUGGGUUUGUUCCUUUCAACAUUCUGGAGCCUCUGUCUGCCCUCAACAACAACCAUAGGGAUAGCCCAGUGGCACUCAGACAGUCCAAGAAGGUGCCCUUCGCCCCUGCAAGGCACUUCUCCUACACCCCCUCCAGCAGAGAAGGGGCCAACCUCCCCGCCGUGCCCCGCCGUCCUCACAGCAUGUCCCCCUCCACCAUGACAGGGGGCGACAGAGACAAAGGCUUUAUGGUGAACGAUGAGCUCCUCCAGCGGCUGGCCAACGGCAGGGCGGGCUCCAUCCGUCCCCUAGUGAUCCCCCGCACCACAGACACCUCGGCCCCCCUGGACUACCACUCCCCUCCUGCGGAGGUAGAGGGCUGGCUGAGAGGGAAGGGCUUCACUGAGCCGACAGUAACACUGCUGGGGAGACUUACUGGUGCUGAGCUAUUUGCCCUGAGUAAAGAGGACCUGCGUAUGUUUUCACCAGAGGAGGGUGCCAGAGUGUACAGCCAGAUGAUGGUGCAGAAGGCUUUACUGGAGGAUGUCCGCAAAUCUACAGAGCUGGAGACAAUGAUGGCGAAACAGAAACAAAAAGCAGACUUCCAACUGGAGAGCAGGAGGCUGUGACCAAGAACAAGCUAUACACAUGUAUAUCACUGAAACACAGAUAUCACUGGUUGAUGGAUGCCAACACAAUAACAUUACUGUCACUGUUUAAGAGGACACACAAACUCACUAACAUUGUCUGUAUGGAGACUCUGAUACAAAGAUUUCACUUUUAAAGGGUAGUUCACCCAAACUAUAAAAUUACUUGCUUUCUUAAGGCAUCCGCAUGCUUCCCAGCCAAAACAGUUCGGAACAGUUUGUGCUUAUAUUAUGAUGACAUUUUGUGACGUUGUUUGUUUUGGACAUUGGUGAAGGUUGUUUAGGCUGUUCAGGCACAACAUUUUUCUGGAUGCAAGCAGAAGUUUUGAGCCGAAGUCUACGCCCCUUCGUCCGUGAUUGGUCAACAGUAGGGAUUUUUCAAUGAAGUCUUUGUUGUCAUUCAACGAGAGAUGACUCAUUUUCAUGCAAGAGUUUGAGAAAUACUGCACCAAACAUCUUUAGAUGGACAAUUGCAUGACUAAGAUCUGAAAAAAUGUCAAAAUUAAUGACAGAUUUCUUGAGUUACAGUAUCUUAGAACAAAUCUGACUAUUUUGAGGAGGUGUAUACUGGUUACGGCAUCUCAAAAUGGACAAACAGUACUGUUGCCGAUUUUUUUGUUCAGUUCGGCUAGCCGAGUUCAGCUAGGCGCCAGCCAAACUGAAGCCUGCUGGCGCCUUUACCCUGUAAGCAGUCUAUCACAUUUUAGGAGAAGACCCAGAAGCAUACAGUGUCGAAGUAACACAAGUUUAUUACUAGAACAGGGGGCAGGCAAAACGACAGAUCAAGGGCAGGCAGGGGUCAGUAAUCCAGAUUAGAGUCCCUAAGGUAAAGAACAGCAGGCAGUCUCGGGUUCAGGUAAGGCAGAGGUCAAUAAUCCAAUGUGGUGUGACAAGGUACAGAAAGGCAGGGUCAGGGCAGGCAGAAAGGUAAAAAAAACGGGAAAACUAGAAAACCGAAACUAGAACAAGACAGGAGCAAGGGGAAAAGCUGUAAGUUUGAUGAAUAAAGCGAGCUGGCAACAGACAAACAGAACACAGGUAUAAAUACACUGAGGAUAAUGGGGAAGAUGGGUGACACCUGAGGGGGUGGAGACAAGCACAAAGACAGGUGGAACAGAUCAGGGUGUGACACGUAUAGGUUAUAUGUUAAUGUUGCACAUUUACCUUGCUGCUGUUUGACCUGGUUACGGUUAGACAGGAUGACUUCAAGGUUAUAUGUUAAUGUUGUACAUUUCCCCUGCUGCUGUUCAACCUUUAAAAAAAUAAAAAUAUUUUACCUUUAUUUAACCAGGCAAGUCAGUUAAGAACACAUUCUUAUUUUCAAUGACGGCCUGGGAACAGUGGGUUAACUGCCUGUUCAGGGGCAGAACAGAUUUGUACCUUGUCAACUCGGGGGUUUGAACUCGUUUGAACUAGUCCAACACUCUAACCACUAGGCUACCCUGCCGCCCCACCUGGUUAUGGUUAGACAGGAUGACUUCUAGGUUAUAUGUUAAUGUUACACAUUUCCCCAAAUUAGGGGAGGGAAUAAGUAGGAAAUCUGGGAAUCAUCCAAAGGAAAAGCACUUCAUGAUGACAGAAGUGAGUAUUAUGGGGCGAGAGUCAUUUUGUUAAGUUACCUUUGCUUUCUUGGGUACAAGAACAAUGGUGGACAUCUUGAAGCAAGUGGGGCCAUGAUUGGGAGUCCCAUAGAGUGGUGCACAAUUGCCCAGCGUCGUCCGGGUUUGGCUGGUGUACGCCGUCAUUGUACAUAAGAAUUUGUUCUUAACUGACUUGCCUAGUUAAAUAAUAGUUAAAUUAUAUUAAAUACCUUAUUCAUGUUGGCCAUGGAGAAGGAGAGCCCACAGUCCUUGGUAGCGGGCCGCGUCGACAGCACUGUAUUAUCCUCAAAGCAGGCGAAGAAGGUGUUUAGCUUGUACGGAAGCAAAACGUCUGUGUCCGCAACGUGGCUAGUUUUUACUUCGUAAUCCUGUCACAUACGUAUCGUGUCUGAACCGUUGAAUUGCGACACCACUUUAUUUCUAAACUGACGUUUUGCCUGUUUGAUUGCCUUACGGAGGGAAUAACUACAGUUUUUGUAUUCGGCCAUAUUCCUAGUCAACUUGCCAUGGUUAAAUGCAAUGGUUUUCAAUUUCAGUUUUGUGUGAACGCUGCCCUCUAUCCACGGUUUCUGGUUUGGGUAGGUGUUAAUAGUCCCAGUGGGUACAACAUCUCCUAUACACUUCCUGAUGAACUCAGUCACUGUAUCCAUGUAUUCGUCAAUGUUAUUCUUUGAGGCUACCUGGAACACAUCAGGUAUUCUAGGUGGGGUGAACAAAAUGACUUGCGUUUCUGUAUGUUAUCACAAUCACACAAUGAGUAGUUCAUCAUGAAACAAACACCCCCACCUUUCUUCUUCCAGGAGAGUUCUUUACUCCUGUCUGAGAACCCAGCUGGCUGUGUAGGCAAAGACAGUAUAUCCCGAGAGAGCCAUGUUUCUGUGAAACAUAGGAUGUUACGAUCCCUGAUGUUUCUCUGGAAGGAGAUUCUUGCCCUGAGCUUGUCUACUUUGUUAUCCAGAGACUGAUCUUUAGAUAGUAAUAUACUCGAAAGCGGUGGAUGGUGUGCGCGCCUACUGAGUCGGACUAAAAGUCCACUCCGAAUACCUCUUCUCCAUCGCUGUGUUUUGGAUCAGCCUCUGGAAUCAGUUCAAUUGCCCUGGGGGGGUACAGUACAAAAACAUGAUCCAAUUCGUAUAGUUUAGGUGUAGUUUCGAUGGGCCGGCUGAGCAGGUUGACUGGAAUCCGUUUGUUUCCCGCUCAUCAACUUGGAUAGAGUCAAGGAUAUGUUUUGCAUUAUUCUAGUGUUUUCGUUUCCCUGAGAUACAUGUGAUUAGUAACAGAGUUAUAGUAAAUUAACAGCUUCUUUUUACAGUGUAAAACAUAAAAGAGAAUGGUAUCACAGUCAAAUUAUUAACAUGAGCGUCAACGCCCCACUAAAUAUUUAGAAUGAAAUCAUUGGUUUUGAAAAUGUAUCUCACCCUUUCCGCAGAGAAAUGUCUUAUAAAAAAUAAUGUAUUUUUUUAUAGUCUUUCCUACAAUGGUAUGUUAUAAACAUUGUAGGCCUCCAACUGCAGGCCUCCAAGGUUUUUACAUAAAACACUCGUGAUGCAUGUUUAAAUAUUAGUCAAUUAAUUCUAACAUGUCUUAAAUUAAUUCUAACAUGUCUUAAAAAAGGUUGUACUAAAAAUUUUGGAAUUCAAUAAAAGCAAUUGAAAAACUG